AUGCCGCAGCUCCGCUCGCGCUGCUUCUUCCCCGUCCUCGUCGUGGCCGCGCUGCUGGGAACGGUGCACACGAUCCUCCCCUGCGCGCUGCUGCUGUUGCCGCUCCCUCUCGCGCCGCUGCGGCGCGCGUACCGCGCCGCCGUCUGCUUUGUCGCCUGGGCUUGGUUCACGCUUGCCGCGAGCCUUCUCGAGGCUGAGAGCGCGGUGCGCGUCACCGGCGACGCACCUCCCGCCUCGGACCGCACCGUCCUCCUCGUGUGCAACCACAACAGCCGCGUCGACUGGAUGUACGUCUGGGUGCUCGCCGCGCGCUUUGGCGUGGCCGAGCGGCUCAAGAUUGCGCUCAAGGACUCGCUCCGCCGCGCGCCGCUCUUUGGCUGGGCGAUGCAGGCCUUCCUCUUCGUCUUUCUCUCGCGGCGCGACCGCGACGCAGACCUCGGCACGCUGCGCUCCGUGCUGUCGUACUGCGCGCACGGCCUGCGCGAGCCGACCGCGUUCCUGCUCUUCCCCGAGGGGACGGACCUCUCGGCCUCGAACCUCGAAAAGUCGCGCGAGUGGGCGGCCAAGCGCGGCGCGGGCUUCGUCGAGACCGUGCGGGCCUUUGGCGGCGCGCUCGACGCCGUGUACGACGUGACGGUGGAGAUGGCCCGCGGUGUCUUUCCUGGCGCGGUCGAGCUGCACGUCCGCCGCUUUGCGCGGGGCGAGAGAUAG